AUGUACAAGUUUUUUAAGAAUAUAGGUGGAUUAAUGUCACAAAGGAAAGGAGAUAUUGGUUUAAUUGGUCUAGCCGUCAUGGGCCAGAACCUUAUACUAAACAUGGCAGAUCAUGGAUUCACUGUAGUAGCAUUCAACAGGUCCAUAGAAAAAGUCCACCAUUUUCUUGCAAAUGAAGCUAAAGGAAAGAGUAUACUCGGAGCUGAAUCCAUCGCUGAUUUGUGUUCAAAGCUGAAAAGUCCCAGGAGAGUAAUGUUGCUUGUCAAAGCUGGAGAUGCUGUUGAUAGUUUUAUUAACCAAUUGGUGCCACAUCUUGAAAAAGGAGAUAUUAUUAUUGAUGGAGGUAAUUCAGAAUACCAAGACAGUGAAAGAAGAACUAAAGAGUUGGCAGCCAAAGGAAUCCGUUUUGUUGGUUCUGGUGUUUCAGGUGGUGAAGAAGGUGCCCGUUACGGUCCAAGUUUGAUGCCGGGCGGUAACAAAGAAGCAUGGCCCUAUAUAAAGGAUAUCUUUCAGGGUAUCUCUGCCAAGGCUGAUGGCCAACCAUGUUGUGAUUGGGUCGGUAAUGAUGGUGCUGGUCAUUUCGUCAAAAUGGUACACAACGGAAUUGAAUACGGAGAUAUGCAACUUAUUGGUGAAGUAUACCAUUUAAUGACUGCCCUAGGAAUCAACCAAGAACAGAUGGGCGACACUUUCGAAAAAUGGAACAAGGGAGCAUUGGACAGUUUUCUAAUUGAAAUUACCAGAGAUAUUUUGAGGUAUAAGGAUAGCGAUGGCCAAUACCUUCUUCCCAAAAUCCGUGAUACAGCUGGUCAAAAAGGAACAGGCAAAUGGACAGCUAUAUCCGCCCUUAACUAUGGAGUUCCAGUAACCCUAAUCGGAGAAUCAGUCUUCAGCCGUUGCCUUUCAGCUCUUAAGAGCGAGAGACAACAUGCCAGUACCAAACUCCAAGGACCUAACGCUAAAUUCUCCGGAAAUGUUUCCAAAUUCCUGGAUGACCUUGAACAAGCACUGUAUGCUGCCAAGAUCGUGUCUUACACUCAGGGAUUCAUGUUGUUGAGGGAAGCUGCAAAGGUACACAACUGGGAGCUAGAUUACGGAGCAAUCGCCCUUAUGUGGAGAGGUGGAUGCAUCAUCAGAUCAGUAUUUUUGGGAAAGAUUAAGGAAGCCUUUGACAAAGACAUUAACCUAAAUUCGUUGUUGUUGGACCCAUUCUUUUUAGACGCUAUAACUAAAGCUCAACAGGGAUGGAGGAAUGUUCUUACUACUGCUGUUACUUUAGGUAUUCCAACUCCAGCUUUAAGUACUGCUUUGGCCUUCUACGACGGAUACAGAUCUGAGCGUCUUCCGGCAAAUCUUUUGCAAGCUCAAAGAGACUACUUCGGUGCACACACAUAUGAAUUAUUGGGCAAAGAAGGUAAAUUCGUUCACACCAACUGGACAGGCCACGGUGGAAACGUUUCUGCUUCCACUUACGAUGCUUAA